AGCGAGAGAGAGAGAGAGAGAGUGUGUGUGAGAGAGAGAGAGACACGCGCUCUCUCCUAGUGCACUUUGCAGUAAGUUGCGGGCGGCUGUUGCUGGCGUGGCGGUAGCUGGUCGCGCAGGGAACUUUAACACGCUGGAUCCCAAAGUCCGUCUCUCUCACCUGCGCAGUUCGGAGCUGCCAUGGAUUUCGCGGCCGGAUUUACUAUCCUAAUCACACUGCCGAUCUUUCUGCAGACGAACGGCCUUUAUAUCUCCAGUAGCAUAGAUUCCCUGCAGCACGUUCUGGGGGACUAUGGACUGGUGAAGCCCGUUCUUACUGAUGCAGAAGGCCGCUUCCUGUCCCAUGCGGUAUCGGUUGGUCCAGCAGAUGGGCAGUUCCGUAGGCGCUGGAGAAGAGAGGCGGCAUCGGCCGACCACGCCCACCAUGAGUCCGGAGGAGGCACGCCAGAGCGACUCUACUACAACGUCACUGUCUUCGGCCGGGAAUUUCACCUGCGUCUGCACCGCAACGCGCGCCUGGUGGCUCCCGGAGCCAAGAUGGAGUGGCAGGAAUCCGACGGCACGCACUCCGAGCCAUUGAAAAGCGACUGCAUGUAUGUUGGUGACAUUACGGACAUACAGGGAGCCUCCGUAGCUAUUAGUAACUGCGAUGGCCUGGCAGGGAUGAUCAGAACUGAGCAGGAGGAGUUUUCAUUGAGCCAGUGGAAACGGGACAUCAUGUGA